GGAUCGCUGGCUCUCGGGCGGCACAUUUGCGCGAUGGCCGGAAGCAGCCACCUCAGCAGGAGCUUGGGUGCCCUUCGGGGACUCUUCGGGAGCGGGCUGAGCCCGCGCUUUCCAAGGGGAGCCCGGUUGGGUGUGCCUCACUGGAGGUGUUUAAGCUCCAGGAGUUCCCUUGCUCCUCUGAUUUUGAAUUCCUGCUCUUUCCUGGACUGCAGAUUAGUUAUGAGAGAGCAGGUCCGGCCCUUCCUCAGCCUUGCAGCCCCUCUGCUUGGUGCCAAGCGAAUGGAAUACACUGAAAUCCGUCAACUCCCGUACUCUGUUGACCAGAUGUAUGACAUUGUAGCUGAUGUUGGCAGCUAUCAGCUCUUUGUUCCCUGGUGUAGCUGCUCCCGCAUAAUUUCCCAUCACAAAGAAGUCUCCCAGGCUGAGUUGGAAGUGGGAUUUCCUCCUGUGGUUGAGCGCUACGUCUCGGAGAUCUCCUCAGUGCCUCAUUGUCAGAUCCGGGCUGUGAGUAAUGAUGGACGGUUAUUCCAGCAUCUGGAGACACUAUGGCAAUUUAAGCCAGGACACGCAGGACUGGAUUCUUGCACACUCAAGUUUUACGUCUCCUUUGAGUUCAAGUCCAUCCUCCAUUCCCAACUGGCUAAUAUUUUCUUUAAUGAGGUAGUCAAGCAGAUGGUAUCAGCGUUUGAACAGAGAGCAGAGAAGCUGUACAGCACGCAAACUGCAGCCCAGCCACACCGGACAAUUCACUGCACGUGACAGAUGGUUUUGGGUGCACUCAAGUCUGAGUCCUCCCUCCUGAUCUCAUAGAGCAAAUUCCUCUUCCCAUUCACAUCUAGAUCACUUCUUGGACACGUUUUAUGAAGAGACAUUAUUUAUGCUUAUUUACCUUGCAAAAAACUCUCAAAGAUGCACAUUAUUUAAAUGAUUCUGCUAUUUUAUGGUAUAUUUUGGUCUAUUAUAAAUUAUUGACUAUUUAAUUUUGCUGUUGUAAGGAUGACUCUUUGUUACAGUGGAGACCUCUGAUCACAAUUGGAAACAGCAAAUAAUGGAAUUUUUAAUUUUUUUUGAAACAGCAGAAGAGUGAUAGGAUUUUUUUUUACUUCAGGUUUUUAAAAAGUGGCACAUUUAUUAGCUCACUGAAUAAUUUUUUGAAAUAUGAGGAAAACAGCAAGCUAAACAUAAUUUUUCUUCAGUGGCAUUCAUAGUGUAAUUUCCUAGAAUCUCCCUCUCUUUUGUAAAAUAAGCCUCUAUCCUCUUUUAGGUGGCAUAAGAUCAAGUUUUUCUUUCCUUCCUUGAAGCAACUUCUUUCAGAUUAAUUCAAACUACUCUAGAAUUUAUAGAAAAUGGAAUAAAACUUGGCAGGGGGGCAGUGAAUUUUUCUUUAGUAGCUCACAAGAAGGUAUCAGAAUGGGCAAGUUGUGAGCCAGGCUUUCUCUUACUCAGAUUUCUUGGAGUAGGGGCUUCUGUGAUUAGUAGCAGAAUUUAGCAUAAUGCUCUUACUAAAUGAUUGAAGAGUUGCAACUACUAUUCUAGGACUAGUCAUAAAGGAGCCCUAACAGCUACAUAGGCAGUGAUACAAUCUGACAUCUGACCUCCUGAGACUUUAUACCUGAAAUGCCAGAGGUAGAAGCAGGUGAUUACCUAAGGCAGGAAUUGCUGACAAGGUUGAGUUCAGUUGCAACAGAGAGAACACUGCCAAGCUGAUUCCCACCCGAAUGGUGUAAUUGCUUAAGCACUGUAGAAAAACUAUCACUUAUGCCAAAAAUGUCAAUUUCCUAACUUCAGAGGUAAAUGGUGAUUCUGAUGCAGUCCAAGUAAUAACAUCCCAGAAGAUAAGGAAAUCUUCACAUGCCCAGGGGUUCCUAGAAGUAUGUAGAAUGCAGAACUAGGGAGGAAAAAUUAAGAGAAAAAGAAAAUCUACCUCCCCAGGAUGAAACAUAAUUGUGCAUGUUUGCAUUGCGUGUCUGCUAGGCUUAUACAGCAAAGCUCAGAAACAAAAUGAAAAUGUGUUGCAGGGUUCUCGUUUUGUAAAUUAACCAACAUACAAAUAAAAUAUUGGGGGGGGGGCAUAUGUAUAUUUCAGUUGAGCAAGGAGAAUAUGGUUUGCCGAUGGGAGUUUGUGGGUUGAAUUCCUGGCAUUUCCAGAUGCUGCUCAUUAGGGGAGACAAUACAGCUUCAGAAGGAUCAGUGAUCAGUUUAUGUAAGUUGGUUUCCUACUUUGUGUGUGUAUAUGCGUGUGAAAAAAUACUCACUUUUUCAGGGUUACGACCUUCCAAACUGACAAACAAUCAAAGGAUAAAUUGUCACAUCAGCAAAUACUGAAAGUUUGCCGGAAAAUAUUCACAAUCUCAGGUAAAGGUAGCACUAUAAAACACAAUCUUCAAGCUUUGCUUGAAUGCCCACUGAGUGGAAAAGACCAGGAAUUCCAGUUCUGCUUCUUCGCAGCCUUAUUAAUUGUGGCUACCAACUUACCUGAGCUAACCACCAGAUCCUUAAGGAUCACCAACACAGAUAUUAAUAUACAGAUAGGAUCAAAGGUGAGGGCAUUCCUUCAAAUAAACUGAUCCUAUAUAUUCAGAGUAUUAAAGGUUAUAACUAGCACACUGAAUGCUGGUUUAAGUAGAAUUCUAUUUCUUUAAAUAAUCCUCUCUUUAAAGGCAGUAGGGACCACAUCCUCUCUCAUUCACUAUUUCUCAAAUGCAAGCCAAAAUCAUUCCAGGCAGCUUCUCUCUGGUGGACACUGACCUCCUUUGAAAUAUUAGCCUUGGCUCUUAAUGCCACUUCCAAGAUAAUCUUCAAUUCAGUCAGGAAAAUGAUUGAACAGCAGGGUGGAUGAUACCUCAAUAGAAUCCAACUCAUGUAACAGAUUCCCAACAGCAGGUAUAAACUUCUGAAAAUGGUGGACUGUAAAACCAGGACCUGAUUUCACAGAUUGAUAGAUGAGCCCCCUGGAGCAGAUUUUGGAGGUGGCUAUGGACAAAACGGAUGCCUUAAACCUAGUAGUAGUAUAAAACACUUAUUCUGUUCCUUAAACCCAUUUUAAAAAGACAACAGCAUGAAAAUGUUGGUUCCAUCCACUCUGAUGAUCAUGUAACAUUGUCAGUGAUAUCCCAUGCAGGUCUUGGAAAUCAAUAAAAUAAAAAUAAAUUUAGAAAUAUGGGUUGGCUACAACCAUUGCCCUCUCUGUUGUAACUCAGGGCUACCUAUAUUCCCUACCCAACUUGGGCUCAGAGGACACAAUUUGUCUCAAGUCAAGGACAAGACUUGACUUUUAGCCAUGUGACAGAAUCAGGUGCCACAUGUGAUUCAAGAGUUGCAGGUUGUACAAUCCUGUGAUACCUUCUAACAUGGUUAAUGCUACAAUCUGAAAAAUUUUUAAGACUUGCACAUUUUUUGUCCAACUAAGGUUUAGCCCUACAAGAUAGCUCACCAUGUGUGUCCAAAUUAAGGUCACAGAUAACAGGUAUCUGCCCAUUACCAGACUUUGCAUUCAGUAGCAGACAUGGAGAGACUGCCAUUAAACCAGAUGAUUGAUGGGCAGCAGGCUCAAAAGAAAGAUAGUGUCCCCAAUUACCAUGAGACACAGACUCUUCACGUGGUAUUUACUCACUUUUGUAGAUUAAUACAAAUGAACCAUUACCAUCUUAUUUCCCCCAUCCCCAGCAAGAGAGUGAGUGCAGCUGCUCUGGUUUCAAACACAGGCUUAGCCUUAAGUAAGUCUGGGACCAGAGCUAAGAUGGUGGUGUGAGCAUGGUAGAAUAGCUUAACUUCUCAUACAAUCAAGCUCUCUCUGUUUUUCCACUUCAUAGUGGCUUCUUUCUUCUUCUGAAAGAGAAGAAAAGGUGGAGACUCUGUAUCCUUUCAAAUAUUGCUGAGUUACAGCUU